AUGACCAAAGACACGGACGGCAAGGUAGCCGUGUAUGACGUGCUCAAGGCGUCCAGAGUGGAGGACUUGGGCUCAGACGUGGACUUCGAGGCCGAAGUGAAGAAGCGGUUCAAAAUGGUUUACGUUCCCAAUUGGUUCGCUGUGGACCUCAAGACAGGCCUACUGUCCAUACACUUGGAAGAGCCCGACUGUUUCGCCGCGUGGGUGUCGGCCAAGGAGUUCGGCUUCUACUCGGAGAACGACGGACCCGACCCUAAGAUCAAUUUGGGGGGACUCCUACUGCAGGCGCUGUUAGAGCACUGGCCGCAGAUCUACGCCAACGACGAGGAACUGGACCAACAGAACGGCCACCAAAUGAACGGACAGCCGAACUACGCGACGCUCAACGACUCGAAGCAGAAGCUGAACGACGGCCGGCCGGACAGCGCCGCCUCUGUAGGCGCCCGUCCUGUCAACCAAUACUUCUCUGUCCCACUGCACACACCCGUCAUAUUCAGCGAGGGAGGGAACCGGACGCUACUGAGGCUACUGGUGUGCGACGCGCGGCGCGAGACUGAGGACGUGCUACUGCAGGAGACGGUGCCUCCCUGGGUGCUCGACGUAGUGGUCAACAAGAAUAUGCCUAAAUUCAACAAAAUUCCCUUUUAUUUAUUACCGCACGUGUCGUCCGGCAUUAAACCACUGCGUAAGGAACGCCUAUCGGCCAGCGAUAUGCUACAGGUGCGCAAAGUGAUUGAACACGUCUACGAGAAAAUGUUGGGCACCAACUCCGAGACUGGGUCGACGACUACCGGGCCCGCCAGUGGUAGCGGUGCGGCGGCCACUAAUGGCCACAAUAGCGGCGGUGGUGCCGGUGCUGCGGCCGCCACGCAGAAAGUCAGUGAUAGUUAUAAUAGUUCCGGCGGUGAUAGGGAUGACGAGCGGCUGUCCAUAGCCGAGGAGAAGGUGGAGCUGUCGUGUCAGGACAUGACACUCGACCCGAACCUAGACUUGCGAACUGUGCGCCACUUUAUAUGGAAGUCCGGCGGAGACCUAGUAUUACACUAUAAGCCGCUUAAGUGA